UUCAACGUCCUUACGCGUCAUCAUCAUCCUUACAUGGAGGUUCUCGAUCUUCUUCUCCAAAUCAUUCUUCCUUAAUCCAUUUUCUCUUCUCUAUCUCUAUCCAAAUCUCUUUCUUCCAAAACCUAUUUUCUAAUUAAUUUGAUAUCCAUUGUUCGUUUGUUUCCUUUCUCCCAUUCUUGCAUCUGCUAAAGAAGCCACAAGGUGCUUUGUUCACGAGCCUCUAAGAAAACAUCGACACCAUUUAUUGGUUGACAUGUGAAACCAAUAUUUAGGUUAAAAUUUGUCAUCUUUUGUAUGUAUAAGUUGAGAACCGAUCAUGUCAUUUAGAUCACAUUCGAGAGGGAGUAGUCAAUUCGCAGAGAAGGUAACAGAGGAUCCUGUAACGUACAAGACAGCACAAAGCACCGUGACGUGCAUUUACCAAGCGCAUAUAUCCGGAUUCUGGAGGAAUGUUACGGUAUUGUGGUCAAAGAAUCUCAUGAAUCAUUCGCUUAUGGUCAUGGUGACAAACGUGGAAGGCGAUAUGAAUUAUUGUUGCAAGGUUGAUCUGAAGCCUUGGCAUUUUUGGAACAAGAAAGGCUACAAGUCGUUCGAUGUGGAAGGUAACCCGGUAGAGGUGUAUUGGGAUUUUAGGUCUGCGAAAUUCACGAGUAGUCCAGAGCCGAGCUCGGAUUUCUACGUGGCUUUAGUCUCGGAGGAAGAGGUGGUUUUGCUUGUGGGUGAUUACAAGAAGAAAGCUUUCAAGAGAACAAAGUCGAGGCCUGCUUUGGUCGAGGCUGCCUUGUUCUACAAGAAAGAAAACGUGUUUGGCAAGAAGUGUUUCACCACCAGGGCUAAGUUUUACGAUAGGAAAAAAGAACACGAGAUCAUCGUGGAAAGCUCGACCUCCGGGCCUAAAGAGCCAGAGAUGUGGAUUAGCAUAGAUGGGAUUGUGUUGAUACAAGUCAAGAAUUUGCAAUGGAAAUUCAGAGGGAAUCAGACAGUGUUGGUAGAUAAACAACCUGUUCAAGUGUUUUGGGACGUGUAUGAUUGGUUGUUCAGCAUGCCUGGGACAGGCCAUGGUUUGUUCAUAUUCAAACCAGGGACCACCGAAGACAGCGACAUGGAAGGAAGUGGUCACGGUGGUGGUGGUGGUGGUGAGAGCGAUACAAGUACAGGGAGCAGGUAUUAUUCGACCAAGAGUAGUAACCCUUGGCCGCCAGAGUUUUGCCUUUUUCUUCAUGCAUACAAACUUGAGUAGUAGUUCUUGGAAACAAUUAAGAAGCUUUUGUCUAUUCACUUAUUGUUGUGUCAUGUGGCUGUAAAUCUUAUCUUGUUCUUCAUCUUUUAUUGACAAAUGAUAACAUCAUAGUCCUGACUUCAAACAACAAUGUCAUGUCGCAGGAAACUAUUUUUUGUUUGAAUCUAAUGUUAAAUUAUAUUC